UGAGGUGGCGCCUGCAUUUUCUCUUUUCCUCUCUGAAACUUAGAAAAGAGCCCGCUUCUUCACUUUCUUUCUCUAAAAAUUGAAAAGGGGAGAGAGAAAGUUACCUCCCGCAUAAAUUUUCAAUGGAUACUUCUCUUAGGUAUGGCUCGGAUGGCAAAGCCCUGUGCAUUCAUGCCAAGAAGGACUUCCCAAUAUCUAGUGAUUUGCUCUUCCAGGUUCAUGGGAUUGUUGAUACCAAAACUGGAAAUCCGACUUGUUUGGCUCGGAUAACUAGAGACCUUUUGUCAGAGUUAGCAGAUACACGUGUGGGGUUUGGAGUCAGAUAUGGUGCAGGUGAGAAACUCGCAUAUAAUGUACGUGGAAGGGCAGGACGGCCAAUCACGUCUAGUGGAAUGCUGAGUUUGGAUAUAAAGGGGCGCUAUGAUGCUGACAAAGAUUUGACAGAGAGAAAGACAAGAGGAGCAAUUGAAUUGACUUGGAAGAUACUAAAUUUUAAAGACCAAGAUUUAAGGUUGAGACUUGGUUAUAAUAUUUCUGAAAAGGUACCUUAUUUCCAGAUAAGGGAGAACAAUUGGACCCUCAAUGCGGAUGGUAAUGGUAAAUGGAAUGUGAGAUACGACCUGUAAUUUCACUUAAAACCACAAGAAGUGAUGGACAUAACCACCACAUCAGAUUUUUGGGAGUAAGGGAUUCUCUCCCAUUUGGCCAUCCAUUUCUAAGUCAUUUAUCAUGUAUUCUUGGGGGAUCAAUUAAGAGAUUUGUGCUAUAGCUUCGUGUGUGCAGCGCUAUUUCUUGGUUCUUAUUUUAGUGUUUUGGCCUCAUUUUUCUUUAUCCUUCAACAUUGUCAAAACCAAGCUGGAGUCGCCGUUCAACCCACUUUGUUUGGUU